GGUGACUUCUUAUAUAAAGGGCCACUGGCUUUGACAGUGUGCAUGUGGACACUGCAGUGGAUAUUUGAAGAGUGUCUUUAGAUUGAACAGAAUCUACAAGCAGAAACAUGGAGGUGACGACCCAGCCAGGCCCGUUUGCUCGCACAGAGUUCCAGACUGGGCUGUUUGAAUGCUGUGAUGACUGCUGCACAUGCAUGUACGGCUAUUUCUGCCUGCCCUGCCUGGGCUGUUCCAUCGCCAGUGAUAUGGGCGAGUGCUGUCUGUGUGGUUUAGGCAUGCCGAUACGCAGCGUGUACCGAACCAAAUACAACAUUAAGGGCUCCAUGUGUAAAGACUUCUGUAUCAGUCAGUUCUGCCUGCCCUGUGCUGCCUGUCAGCUAAAGAGAGACAUAGACAGAAGAAAGCAGCAGGGGAUCUUCUAAGGUGGACCAGACUCCAGCACACAGCAUAACACCAACCCUCACACUCACAUAACACUGUUACAGUGAGUGCCUUCAUCUCAGAGUCCAUCCUGAUCCCGAGGGACGUCUCACUGACAUGGUCUUCACACUGGUCUAAUGGGAUGAUACUGUGUAAAUUUGUAUAAUAAAAAAAAAUGUGAGCAAUGUGAUCAUCAGAAUUAAUAUUAAUAAAAUAGAUCAAUGUGUCCACUGUG